CCGGCAGUCGCAGGGUCGCCGGGGCAGCCCUCUCCUCGCCCGGCUCUGCUUCGCCGCCCGCCGGGAGGGGGUCGGGGAGCGCCUCGGACGCCGCCCCUCCCCACGCGGCCGCCGGACGACGCCCAGCGCCCCCGCGGCGGCCACUCGCCGGCAGCCGGAGCGGGAGGGCGAUGCGCCUGGAGGCCGCCGGCGCGGGAGAAGCGCCUUCCGGAGGGGACGAGCGCGGGGACGCGCAGAACAAGCCCUGGAAGAAGCGGAAGGGGCCGGUGCAGUGGUCGCCCGGCCUGGUCUCCUUCCAGAAGCGCUACCCCUGGGUUCAGCUCGCUGGCCAUGCAGGCAACUUCAAGGCCGGGGAUCUGGGCCACGUCUGGAAGAGGCACUGCUCCAACGAGCAGCAGUGCCUGGAGCGCCUGGGAGGCGAUGCGCUGCAGCCUUACGUCCCAGCAUAUUAUGGGAUGGUGGAGCACGAUGGGGAGCCCUACAUUCGGAUGGAGGACCUGCUGUGCGGCUUCGAGAACCCUUCCAUCAUGGACUGCAAGAUGGGGGUCAGGACGUACCUGGAGGAAGAGCUGGAGAAGGCGAGGCAGCAGCCUUGCCUCCGCCAUGACAUGUAUGACAAGAUGAUGGCAGUGGACCCUUCGGCUCCCACGCCGGAGGAACACGCCCAGCACGGCGUGCUGAAGCCCCGCUACAUGCAGUGGAGGGAGUCGCUCAGCUCCACCAGUUCACUCGGGUUCCGCAUCGAGGGCGUCAAGACAGCCAGUGGCGCCUGCAGCACCAGCUUUAAGAAGACCCGGCAACCUGAGCAGCUCGUGGAGGCCUUCUGGGACUUCCUGGACAAGGACAAACACCUUCUGAGCAGUUACCUGGAGCAGCUGGAGGAGGUGAGAGUGGCACUGGAUCAGUCCGAGUUCUUCAAGGCCCAUGAGGUGGUAGGUAGCUCUCUCCUUUUUGUGCAUGACAAAACGGGGCUUGCCAGAGUCUGCAUGAUUGACUUUGGCAAGACGGUGCCGCUGCCUGACAAACAGACCCUGACCCACCGGCUGCCUUGGGUGGAAGGCAACCGUGAAGAUGGAUACUUGUGGGGCUUGGAAAACCUCAUGGCAAUCAUGCAAAACAUGCUGGAAAAACCAGACCGCGCCAUGGACACAAGCCCCACGUAACAAGAGGAGUCAGAUAUCCUAAGAAACCCCAGGAAUGUCUAGGACUGGACUGCAGCUACCCAGAGAACCGGCAGCAUUCUGAAUGCCCAGCGGUCAAUCUUUGGGGAAGUGUGGAAGGCCAGAUGCCUCCAGGACAGCUGGGGUCCUGAGGUGUCCCUUAGAAGCUGCAAUCCCAUGUACAGAGAAUGCCGUUACUCCGAGAAGGCAGCAGAGCUGCGAUUUUUGAACGGGCGGAAGGAACAGACUGAAGAGUAGCAAGGUCAACAUUUCUUCUUAAAAGAGGGGGCGCUUCUCAACCACCCAUCAAUCAAAUCAAAUUAGCUAGAUGCAAGGACCCCGGAAGGAGCCACUCUUCUCCACGUGAGCAGCGUAUAGAAACAUUGAGUUUUAUGGUGCAAAGCCCUCCUGGGCACCCUCCCAUGCUUGAAAAAGCAACUUGGCUGGAGAACCUCCAUGCCACGCGCUGCAUGUGAACAUGUAUAGAAACAUCAUCAUGGAAAUGGUUCCUUUUCCCUUUCCUCAUCAGGGGUGGGGCGGGGCGUAAGUUUGAUUAAAUGCAUAAAUACGUU